CUUAUGAAAACCUCCAUCAGAAAUUCAAAGCCUCCUGUCGAACGCAAUCACCUCUCCCUACUGCCACUAAGAUCGUCUCUCCGGUCUCCUCUCGCAAUUUCAGGGGAGGUUUGAGGAUUAACCCUUGAAAGGUUCAUCGGAUUUUCUUGGGUUGAUGUGAAUUUGUGCGGAAAUGGAGGGAAUGCAGAAAUUCAUCCGCGGGGUCUCAAAAGAUGUGAAAUUUGGGAAUUCGGGUUCCUCCGAGAGUUCUUACUUAGGUGGGGAAGGAAGAGCCGUGGGAGUUGCCGCUGCUCUAUCUGGUCCCGAGCCACCCGGUGUCCUUGUCACCAGAAAUCCUCGUCAAUCGGUAUCACUAUGGACGUGUUCGAAGCUCUGCGCGUUUUUCUUCGUGGCCGGCAUUUUUGUUGGUUACACUCUGAAGCGACGCGUGCGAAGGUGGGCUUCCAGGCUUCUUAAGAGAAUGAAAGACGAUUAAUUCUCUGCUCUGCUCGGCUGAAGGAGUCCAAGAUUAUGUUUCUCAACUUUACCUUCGGAGGCUUUUUCCGGCGUCACUUUCACCACGUAAGACCGAUCAUCAUGUUUGGUGAUAGAAAGCUGGCGAAACAAUAGCAGGUUAAUUUAAUAGAGGAAUUUCAGGGUUAAGUGGAUGAGUUAAUGUGCUUCUAAGAUUAAAGUUGUCUUACCUUGGAUUGAAGCUCGUGAGGAGGUUAUAUAAUGAAAUCUUCUUCUUCAUGUUCUAUAA